AUGUGCGACGGCAGGGACGUGCAGAUGGCGGCCGCCAUACUCCAGAUGUCCUGCUUGUACCGGGGCAUGUUAGCGGUCAGAGCCCCCGGCAUCAGGGCGAUGAUCCCCGGCCUGGUCCCGGGACGGUUCCGGGCCUUCUCGGUGCGGAAGGAACCCGAGCUGGAGGAGAACCCGUUCUUCGGGAAAUACCAGGACAAGAUCCAGAAGCUGCGCAGUGCCAAACCGCAGGAGUACGAGGACCGACUGGGGAAAAGGACCGAAGCCAAGAAAGAGGUCCUGGGACACUCGAAGCAGGCCGAGUUCGUCCGGCUCAUGGAGCAGGAGCUGGAGCAGAAGGAGCGUCUGGCUGCUGGCGAUGGAGCAUCAGGAGGUUUCACGAAGGGCAAGACGUUGGGCUCCAUCAUCAAUCUGGAGCUGAUCAAGGACCGGACCGGCGAGGAGGUGGCAGAGAUUUGGAUGAAAUAUUAUGCGACUAAGGACACGAUCAGCGCCGUCAUCCCGUCCGACAUCUACGAGGUGAUUUUCAGCAGAUCGGAGUCCUGCCCCGUGUUCCUCUACGCUCUGCCUCAGAGGGAGGGCUACGAGUUCUUCCUGGGCCAGUGGUCCGGGCACGAGCUGCACUUCACCUCCCUCAUCAACGUUCAGACGAUGGGCGAGAACGCUCCCAGUCAGCUGAUCCUCUACCACUACCCCGACCUGAAGGACGACAAGGGCGUCGUGCUCAUGACGGCUGAGAUGGACCCCAAGUUCAUCACCGUCCACCAGGCUCAGUGUUUGGCCAAUCAGGUGCAGCUGUUCUACGGGGCCCGGCGGCAGGAGACGUACCGGCUGCUGGAGACGUUCAACCACCAGCCCUCGGAGUUCAAGCACAUGUCGGUGAUCGCCGAGCUGGAGCAGAGCGGGCUGGGCUCCACGGCCGGUUCCUGAGGCCGUGGGUCUGGUCCCGGACCGGAGCCGGUCUCUCAGAGAGACAGAUCUUUUUAAACGAACACUUCAUGUGGAAGCAGGUGUUUGUUCUGAUAUUAUCGGGAAAAAUGAACUGAAGGAAGCACGAACGGCUUCUCGUGAACUCUUUUUUUUGACCGUUGACCUUUUUUUGUCUGGACACAUUAAUUGAUACCAUGCCAGUAAAAACCUAAGGCAUAUAUAUGUGCAUUAUUAUUAUAUUUAAUAUAUAUACAUAUAUAUAUACACAUACAUACACACCCUGUGAGUUUUUUUUGUUUUUUUUUCUCGUGAACUCUGACCUCCGAGGGCGUAACCAGGAAGUAACCAGGAAGUAACCAGGAAGUAACCAGGAAGUAACCAGGAAGUAACCCGGAGGUUCUGUCAGGAACAAACGUGGAUGAAUUUCAGACUUUGUUCUCCUUGGAGCUUUUCCCCAAAACCCGUCCGAUAAUCAAUAAAUUAUCUUUAAACAGCUAAAGAUCAAUUCAUUCUUGAAAUGU